AUGAAAUCCACAUUGACUGGUGGAAUCCCACCCGUUACUGUGGGUACUCCUCAGGUCAGCCUUUGGCAGGGGAAAAGCGGGAGUCCCACCCUUCUCCGCGGCCCGUCUUUCAAGAGCCUUUCGUUCCUCAAGGCAAAGAUUGGCUUAUGGGUGCCUCAGGCACAAAAUCCCCCACCCCGUAUAAUUUAUUUGGACAGCUGGAACGAGGCGCUAAGUUUGUGUGGCGCCAUCUCCGACGGCGUCUUGGCUACAAUCAUUGCCGACUCGGAACUGCUUUCAUUGAUACAAGACGCGCACCGGUUCCUCCGCUCCAACGGAUCCAUUAUCAAGGACGCUCCGCUCCAAGCAUACAAGUCGGCCCUAUUAUUCGCUCCUGUGGCCAGCUUAAUACGCCAAUUAUUUCGGAGAGAAGAACCUAAAUGGGUGACCAUCCAGCCUACGCCACAUGCCGAUUGGAGCCCGCUGGUGCAAACGCUAACGGGCCAUACUUAUUCGAUUACGGCCAUCGCCUUUUCGCCGGACGGCCAGCCCGUGGCGUCGGCGUCGCACGAUAGGACGGUCAAGCUGUGGCAUGCCGGCACGGGCGAGCUAAUACAGACAAUAUCGGCGAGCCGUCUCAUUCGUACUAUCGAGUUCGACAUUGCAAUGUCGUCCCUCCUUACCAAUGCCGGUCGCAUAAGCUUAAGCAUUGCCGCUCCCGCCGCAGCUUUGCGUGGUAGUAUAUCUUCCGCCGCAAUAGCCCCCGCUCGACAGCGGCAGGAGCGGCAGUCUUAUGGCCUCGAUUCCGACGGCUGCUGGAUCGCAAAGGGCGAAGUGGGCCUGCUGAGGUUGCCGCACGAGUUCCAGCCGUCGUCAUCGGCUGUUUCGGGAUCUACGGUAGCGGUCGGCUGUAAAUCAGGCCAUGUCCUGUUAUUCAAGUUUACUAACGCUGACUCUCCUUUGUAACUGGUUCAGUGGCAUAUUGAGUGUCUGACUUUGGUUUUGCCAGUGGCGUGAAUCCUCCUGGGCAUCGAAGCUCGAUGCGGCGUCCGAGGCGGUUGCGGAGCGGAGAUCAGCUGGGUUUGUCGCUGAGGAAACGCCUCCUUGCGGUUGUAUCCCAAAAGCGUGUCGGGCACUGGAAUGCCGACUUUGUGUUUGGAUCCCGAGCUCGGAACAGUGUGCUUAGCCAUUGGCUGUCUAUCGCUGCGCUUGAGUGCGUCUGGCGAUUUGGUGUCAGGGAAAAUACGACUAUGAAAUACUUUUCCACGCCCGGUUCUGCUGCACCCAGGGAGAGAUCGUACAGAUCCCUGUCUUGCCUGCUUUCAUGCAGCGACGGGCCCGGAGAAUCUCGGUCUCGGCGAACAUGGUCGACAACACUAGCGAUGUGUUUUGGGAUCGGGUCGCAAGGAUGGCGCAUGAAGACGUUGUUCGCGGCCAAAUUCAUGUCCCGAUGUGGGUUCUCGACGAGACUCCGUCCAGGUGACCGCUCUGAUCCGGAAAGUGUACCGGUAAGGUCCGAAGGCGCAACCGAUUCGGC